UGGAGCGAUGUAUGAGUGUGAUGCAGUCGGGGACCCAGAUGGUGAAGUUGAAGGCUGGCUCCAAGGGGCUGGUGAGACUGUUCUACCUGGACGAACAUCGCUCCUGUAUCCGAUGGAGACCCUCACGCAAGAGCGAGAAGGCCAAGAGUGAGUGCACACACAUUAACCGCAUCAUACACACCAUCUCUCACCGUAACCCUUAUCUCUACACAUAAUGUAUUGCUCCGAUAGGCAAUAUCGGAGCAAUACAGACAAUUAGGCUAUGCUUUAUGUAACUUCCUACAACCCAUGUAGGAAUGUGAAAUAAUGUAUUGUUCAUCUUUUAUCCAUGCUAUUAAAGCGUGUGUGUGUGUUUUUGGUCUCACAUUGGGGUGAGUUACAGUUACAGAUGGCAGUGUAGCUAUCUGGUGCUGUUCUGCCCCAGGGCUGGAGUAUAGCUCUCCCUCUCUGUCUGGUGCUGUUCUGCCCCAGGGCUGGAGUAUAGCUCUCCCUCUCUGUCUGGUGCUGCCCAGGGCUGGAGUAUAGCUCUCCCUCUCUGCUGGGUGUUUGUUCGCCCCAGGGCUGGAGUAUAGCUCUCCCUCUCUGUCUAGUGUUGUUCUGCUCCAGGGCUGGAGUAUAGCUCUCCCUCUCUGUCUGGUGUUGUGCUGCCCCAGGGCUGGAGUAUAGCUCUCCCUCUCUGUCUGGUGCUGUUCUGCCCCAGGGCUGGAGUAUAGCUCUCCCUCUCUGUCUGGUGUUGUUCUGCCCCAGGGCUGGAGUAUAGCUCUCCCUCUCUGUCUGGUGUUGUUCUGCCCAGGGCUGGAGUAUAGCUCUCCCUCUCUGUCUGGUGCUGCCCCAGGGCUGGAGUAUAGCUCUCCCUCUCUGUCUGGUGCUGUUCUGCCCCAGGGCUGGAGUAUAGCUCUCCCUCUCUGUCUGGUGCUGCCCCAGGGCUGGAGUAUAGCUCUCACCUCGUCGGGCUGUUCUGCCCCAGGCUGGAGAUAGGCUCUCCUCUCUGUCUGGUGCUUGUUCUGCCCCAGGGCUGGAGUAUAGCUCUCCCUCUCUGUCUGGUGCUGCCCCAGGGCUGGAGUAUAGCUCUCCCUCUCUGUCUGGUGUUGUUCUGCCCCAGGGCUGGAGUAUAGCUCUCCCUCUCUGUCUGGUGUUGUUCUGCUCCAGGGCUGGAGUAUAGCUCUCCCUCUCUGUCUGGUGUUGUGCUGCCCCAGGGCUGGAGUAUAGCUCUCCUCUCUGGUCUGGUGCUGUUCUGCCCCAGGGCUGGAGUAUAGCUCUCCCUCUCUGUCUGGGUGUGUUCUGCCCCAGGGCUGGAGUAUAGCUCUCUUCUUGUCUGGUGUGUCUGCCCCAGGGCUGGAGUAUAGCUUCCCCUCUGUCUGGUGGGCCCAGGGCUGGAGUAUAGCUCUCCUCUCUGUUGGUGUUGUGCUGCACCCAGUGCUGGAGUAUAGCUCUCCCUCUCUGUCUGGUGUUUGUUCUGCCCAGGGCUGGAGUAUAGCUCUCCCUCUCUGUUGGUGCUGCCCCAGGGCUGGAGUAUAGCUCUCCCUCUCUGUCUGGUGCUGUUCUGCCCCAGGGCUGGAGUAUAGCUCUCCCUCUCUGUCUGGUGCUGUUCUGCCCCAGGGCUGGAGUAUAGCUCUCCCUCUCUGUCUGGUGCUGCCCCAGGGCUGGAGUAUAGCUCUCCCUCUCUGUCUGGUGCUUGCCCCAGGGCUGGGAGUUAUAGCUCUCCCUCUCUGUUGGUGUUGUGCUGCCCCAGUGCUGGAGUAUAGCUCUCCCUCUCUGUCUGGUGUUGUGCUCGCCCAAGGGCUGGAGUAUAGCUCUCCCUCUCUGUCUGGUGUUGUUCUGCCCCAGGGCUGGAGUAUAGCUCUCCCUCUCUGUCUGGUGUUGUUCUGCCCCAGGGCUGGAGUAUAGCUCUCCCUCUCUGUCUGGUGUUGUUCUGCCCCAGGGCUGGAGUAUAGCUCUCCCUCUCUGUCUGGUGCUGUUCUGCCCCAGGGCUGGAGUAUAGCUCUCCCUCUCUGUCUGGUGCUGCCCCAGGGCUGGAGUAUAGCUCUCCCUCUCUGUCUGGUGCUGCCCCAGGUCUGGAGUAUAGCUCUCCCUCUCUGUCUGGUGUUGUGCUGCCCCAGGGCUGGAGUAUAGCUCUCCCUCUCUGUCUGGUGCUGUUCUGCCCCAGGGCUGGAGUAUAGCUCUCCCUCUCUGUCUGGUGCUGCCCCAGGGCUGGAGUAUAGCUCCCCCUCCUGUCUGUUGUCUGGAGGUGUGUGUGUCCUGACUGAGUAUCAGAGUCAAACAGAAGCCAUGUUGUUGACUACAGUAGUGCUGCUGUGAGUUCAAGGUAUCCAGGUUAUUUGCCUGCAGUGUCUGUCUGGUUAUGUGUUUAUCUCUAACUUCUCCUCAUUGAGGCCUUCAUUAAAUAUUUAACAAGGGAGGAAACUAUCAGCGCCCUAGCUUUAGUUUUUGUCUCCUAAUAGAAUUUUGUUUGUUUUCAUCCAUUAUGAUCACAAAGGAGAGUUACUUAAUGUAUUCCCAAGAUAUCUCAGUGCUAUGCAGUAUUCAGAUUCAUGCUCUGUCUCCUAACUCUAAAUGGUCCUCUCUCUCUCUUCUUGUCCCGCCCUCUUUCUCUUACAGUCACCAUUGAUUCGCUGUACAAGGUGACGGAGGGCCGUCAGUCAGACAUCUUCCACCGCCAUGCGGAGAGCAGUUUCGACCCAGCCUGCUGUUUCACCGUUUACCAUGGCAACCACAUGGAGUCACUAGACCUGGUGACCUCUAACCUUGAGGAGGCUCGGACCUGGGUGACAGGACUACGAUACCUGAUGGCUGGCAUCAGUGACGAGGACUCACUGGCCAAACAACAACGCACACACGACCAAUAUCCUUUUAAGACUAACAUGCUCAUACACACACACCAAUAUCCUUAUUACACUUCAUACCCUAGUGGGUGUAUCCUGCCAUCCCUACCUAACCCCUAACCAGCAUUGUUCAUCAGUUGACUGGAUGACCCACUUUUAUGCUCUUCUUUGACAUCUUCUUUGUUCCUCUCCCUCUUUUCAUUUCUUCCUGUGUCUGCUGCAUGCAGUGUUUGUUUGUAUGUGUGUGUGUCUGCUGCAUGCAGUGUGUGUGUGUGUGUGUGUGUGUCUGUGUCUGCUGCAUGCAGUGUGUGUGUGUGUGUGUGUGUGUCUGCUGCAUGCAGUGUGUGUGUGUGUGUGUGUGUCUGCUGCAUGCGGUGUGUGUGCCUUGGAGCGCUGUUCUGAUCUGACUGGAUUUGACGACUGACAAAACAUGGUGCUGUGUUUUUGAAAAGCCUCUCAGCUACCUACCCUCCCAAAACACACACACACACACACACACACAGACACACACACACACACACACACACACACACACACACACACACACACACACACACACACACCACACACACACACACACACACACACACACACACACAGACACAGACACACACACACACACACAUCAUCCCAUGGCUGUGUCCUUAACCUGUGUGUGUGUAGGUGGAUGAAGCAGACGUUUGAGGAGGCUGAUAAGAACGGGGAUGGUCUGUUGAACAUGGAGGAGAUCUACCAGCUCCUGCACAAGAUGAACGUCAACCUGCCCCGCAGGAAGGUCAAACACAUGUUCCAGGUCAGUCACAGGUCAGGGGUCAAACACCUGUCACCUGUCACUACACUAUCUGACUAGAGAGGACAGAAGAGGGAUGCGUUCUAACCACUAAACCUCACCUGGCAGGUGAUGAGCAGUUAGAAGGUGUUUAUUUACAUCCUGGAUCCAGGGAUAAGGUAAGGUUUAGUGGUUAGACUUAGAAAGCAUCAGUCUUCUGUCUUCUCUAGCCAGAUAGUGACAACUGUGACAGUAGUACUUAGUACUCCUGCUGCUACCUGGAAGCAAAUCCCACCAAAGAUCCAAAGCUUUAGCUAACGUUUUCUCUUAUGGCUUUAUAAUGGGCCCAUAGGGCUCUGGUCAAAAACUAGUGCACUAUGUAGGGAAUAGGGUGCCAUUUAGGACGACAGGCGUGCCUGCGAGUGCUGAGCAUGAGCAUCAGAUAGUACUGUUGGUUUAUAGUCCACUAUUUUUUAGGGCACCCCCAGGAGUCAGUUGUUGUAUGAACCAAACAAGGACAAUGUCAGAACACAGUUGCCUUUUCUGUCCUUACAUUGUUUGGACCAUGUUGAGACACCAUGGCUGUGUGUGUGUGUGUGUGAAUAUACCAGAUGGUUGUUGGAGUUGUUUGGACCAUGUUGAGACACCAUGGCUGUGUGUGUGUGUGUGAAUAUACCAGAUGGUUGUUGGAGUUGUUUGGACCAUGUUGAGACACCAUGGCUGUGUGUGUGUGUGUGAAUAUACCAGAUGGUUGUUGGAGUUGUUUGGACCAUGUUGAGACACCAUGGCUGUAUUUGUAUUUGUGUUUGUAUUUAUUAUGGAUCCCCAUUAGCAGCAGCUACUCUUCCUGGGGUCCAGCAAAAUUAAGGCAGUUACAGAUUUCUCAACACACUGUGUGCCAACACGCGCUGUGCGCCAGUAGCUCAGACAGACAGACAGCUCGGUGCACCCAACAUGUCAACACCUCUCACAAACACAAGUAGUGAUGAGGUCAAUCUCUCCUCCACUUUGAGCCAGGAGAGAUCGACAUGCAUAUUAUUAAUAUUAGCUCUCUGUGUGCAUCCAAGGGCCAGCCGUGCUGCCCUGUUCUGAGCCAAUUGCAAUUUUCCUAAGUCCUUUUUUGUGGCACCUGACCACACGACUGAACAGUAGUCAAGGUGUGACAACACUAGGGCCUGUAGGACCUGCCUUGUUGAUAGUGCUGUUAAGAAGGUAGAGCAGCGCUUUGUUAUGGACAUACUUCUCCCCAUCUUAGCUACUGUUGUAUCAAUAUAUUUUGACCAUGACAGUUUACAAUCCAGGGUUACUCCAAGCAGUUUAGUCACCUCAACUUGCUCAAUUUCCACAUUAUUUAUUGCAAGAUUUAGUUGAGGUUUAGAGUUUAGUGAAUGAUUUGUCCCAAAUAAAAUGCUUUUAGUUUUAGAAAUAUUUAGGACUAACUUAUUCCUUGCCACCCACUCUGAAGCUAACUGCAACUCUUUGUUAAGUGUUGCAGUCAUUUCAGUCGCUGUAGUAGCUGACGUGUAUAGUGUUGAGUCAUCCGAAAACAUAGACACUCUGGCUUUACUCAAAGCCAGUGGCAUGUCAUUAGUAAAGAUUGAAAAAAGUAAUGGGCCUAGACAGCUGCCCUGGGGAAUUCCUGAUUCUACCUGGAUUAUGUUGGAGAAGCUUCCAUUAAAGAACACCCUCUGUGUUCUGUUAGACAGGUAACUCUUUAUCCACAAUAUAGCAGGUGGAGUAAAUUCAUAACAUAAGUUUUUCCAGCAGCAGACUAUGAUCGAUACUGUCAAAAUCCGCGCUGAAGUCUAACAAAACAGCCCCCACAAUCUUUUUAUCAUCAAUUUCUCUCAGCCAAUCAUCAGUCAUUUGUGUAAGUGCUGUGCUUGUUGAAUGUCCUUCUCUAUAAGCAUGCUGAAAGUUUGUUGUCAAUUUGUUUACUGUAAAAUAGCAUUGUAUCUGGUCAAACACAAUUUAUUCCAAUAGUUUACUAAGGGUUGGUAACAGGCUAAUUGGUCGGCUAUUUGAGCCAGUAAAGGGGGACUUUACUAUUUUAGGUAGGCGGAAUGACUUUCGCUUCCCUCAAAGCCUGGGGGCACACACAUUCUAGUAGGCUUAAAUUGAAAAAUAUGGCAAAUAGGAGUGGCAAUAUCGUCCACUAUUAUCCUCAGUAAUUGUCCAUCCAAGUUGUCAGACCCCAGUGGCUUGUCAUUGUUGAUAGACAACAAUACUUUUUUUCACCUCUUCCACACUCACUUUACGGAAUUCAAAAGUACAAUGCUGGUCUUUCAUAAUUUGGUCAGAUAUACUUGGAUGUGUAAUGUCAACCAUUUUUGCUGGCAUGUCAUGCCUAAGUUUGCUAAUCUUGCCAAUGAAAAAAUCAUUAAAGUAGUUGGCAAUAUCAGUUGGUUUUGUGAUUCAAUGAGCCAUCUGAUUCAAUGAAUGAUGGAGCUGAGUUAGCCUUUUUUUCCAAAAUGUAAUUUAAGGUGCUCUAAAGUUUUUUACUAUCAUUCUUUAUGUUAUUUAUCUUUGUUUCAUAGUGUAGUUUCUUCUUUUUUUUAUUCAGUUUAGUCACAUGAUUUUUCAAUUUGCAAUAUGUUUGCCAAUCGGUUGUGCAGUCAGAUUUAUUUGCCAUUCCUUUUGCCUCAUCCCUCUCAACCAUACCAUUUUUCAAUUCCUCAUCAAUCCACGGGGAUUUAACAGUUUUUACAGUCAUUUUCUUAAUGGGUGCAUGCUUAUUAGUAACUGGAAUAAGCAAUUUCAUAAAUGUGUAAAGUGCAGUGUCUGUUUGCUCCUCAUUACACACCACGGACCAACAUAUAUUCUUUACAUCAACAACAUAGGAAUCACUACAAAACUUAUUGUAUGACCUCAUACACAAUAUUAGGCCCAGCCUUUGGAACUUUGGUUUUCCUAGAUAUGGCUACUAUAUUGUGAUCACUACAUCCAAUGGAUUUGGAUACUGCUUUCAAACAAAUCUCUGCAGCAUUAGUAAAGAUAUGAUCAAUACAUGUUGAUGAUUUAUUUCCUGUACUGUUUGUAACUACCCUGGUAUGUUGACUGAUAACCUGAACCAGGUUGCAGGCACUGGUUACAGUUUGAAGCUUUCUCUUGAGUGGGCAGCCUGAUGAAAGCCAGUCAAUAUUGAAAUCACCCAGAAAGUAUACCUCUCUAUUGAUAUCGCAUACAUUAUCAAGCAUUUCACACAUGUUAUCCAGAUACUGACUGUUAGCACUUGGUGGUCUAUAGCAGCUUCCCACCAGGAUGGGCUUUAGGUGAGGCAGAUUAACUUGUAGCCAUAUUACUUCAACAGUGUUUAACAUGAGAUCCUCUCUAAGCUUUACAGGAAUGUGGUUCUGAAUAUAAACAGCAACACCUCCACCAUUGGCAUUUCUAUAUUUUCUGUAAAUGUUAUAACCUUGUAUUGCUACCACUGUAUCAUCAAAGGUAAACUCACCAAAAAAAAAAGAAACGUCCUCUCACUGUCAACUGCGUUUAUUUUCAGCAAACUUAACAUGUGUAAAUAUUUGUAUGAACAUAACAAGAUUCAACAACUGAGAUAAGUUCCACAGACAUGUGACUAACAGAAAUUGAAUAAUGUGUCCCUGAACAAAGGGGGGAUAAAAAUAAAUCAAAAGUAACAGUCAGUAUCUGGUGUGGCCACCAGCUGCAUUAAGUACUGCAGUGCAUCUCGUCCUCAUGGACUGCACCAGAUUUGCCAGUUUUUGCUGUGAGAUGUUACCCCACUCUUCCACUAAGGCACCUGCAAGUUCCCCGACAUUUCUGGGGGGAUGGCCCUAGCCCUCACCCUCCGAUCCAACAGAUCCCAGACAUGCUCAAUGGGAUUGAGAUCCGGGCUCUUCGCUGGCCAUGACAGAACACUGACAUUCCUGUCUUGCAGGAAAUCACGCACAGAACAAGCAGUAUGGCUGGUGGCAUUGUCAUGCUGGAGGGUCAUGUCAGGAUGAGCCUGCAGGAAGGGUACCACAUGAGGUAGGAGGAUGUCUUUCCUGUAACGCACAGCGUUGAGAUUGCCUGCAAUGACAACAAGCUCAGUCCGAUGAUGCUGUGACACACCACCCCAGACCAUGACGGACCCUCCACCUCCAAAUCGAUCCCGCUCCAGAGUACAGGCCUCGGUGUAACGCUCAUUCUUUCGACGAUAAACGCAAAUCCGACCAUCACCCCUGGUGAGACAAAACCGCGACUUGUCAGUGAAGAGCACUUUUUGCCAGUCUUGUCUGGUCCAGCGACGGUGGGUUUGUGCCCAUAGGCGACGUUGUUGCUGGUGAUGACCUGCCUUACAACAGGCCUACAAGUCCUCAGUCCAGCCUCUCUCAGCCUAUUGCGGACAGUCUGAGCACUGAUGGAGGGAUUGGGCGUUCCUGGUGUAACUCAAGCAGUUGUUGUUGCCAUCCUGUACCUGUCCCGCAGGUGUGAUGUUCAGAUGUACCGAUCCUGUGCAAGUGUUGUUACACGUGGUCUGCCACUGCGAGGACGAUCAGCUGUCCGUCCUGUCUCCCUGUAGCCCUGUCUUAAUAAUAAAUAAAUAACACGAUAUGCCAUUUAGCGGACACUUUUGUCCAAAGCGACUUACAGUCAUGUGUGCAUACAUUUUUUACGUAUGGGUGGUCCCGGGGAUCGAACCCACUACCAUGGCGUUACAAGCGCCGUGCUCUACCAGCUGAGCUACAGAGGACCACUCUUAGGCGUCUCACAGUACGGACAUUGCAAUUUAUUGCCCUGUCCACAUCUGCAGUCCUCAUGCCUCUUUGCAGCAUGCCUAAGGCACGUUCACGCAGAUGAGCAGGGAGCCUGGGCAUCUUUCUUUUGGUGUUUUUCAGUGUCAGUAGAAAGGCUUCUUUAGUGUCCUAAGUUUUCAUAACUGUGACCUUAAUUGCCUACCGUCUGUAAGCUGUUAGUGUCUUAACGACCGUUCCACAGGUGCAUGUUCAUUAAUUGUUUAUGGUUGAUUGAACAAGCAUGGGAAACAGUGUUUAACCCUUUACAAUGAAGAUCUGUGAAGUUAUUUGGAUUUUUACGAAUUAUCUUUGAAAGACAGGGUCCUGAAAAAGGGAUGUUUUUUUGUUGUUGCUGAGUUUCAGAGAUAGUCAGAAUAUGAACAUCAUCUGUUACUAGCAAAUUAUUGAUUUCAUAAACCUUGUUUCUUAAGCUACAUAUGUUAACGUGGGCUAUUUUGAGCACUUUUCUUCUGGGAUGCUUACUUGUUUUUAUUGCUUUACUGGGAAGCUUAGCAGCAGUAGAUGUGGUAAUGUUAUUUAUGUUAGUGCAGGGUGAGCUGCACACAGUGGCCUUCCUCCUCGGGUACACCGGCUCAGUGCUAACAGUAUAAAUCUGGUUCUUAGGCACAUGAAUACUGCAUACAAUAGCUGUAGGAUCAGCAGAGGCGUUCAGGGCAGUUAGAGUGACAUAAAUUAGGUUACUUAUGUUGUGUCUACCGACGCCCCUGGUGUAAUGUACAUUUGCUGAAGCAUUUUGACAACUGCGUCACAAUUGUAGGGAUUAUCUGAGCUGGGCUUGGGUCAUUGCUAAGUCAUUGUCUCAACGCAGCCUUAUAAUGCUGUGAAAGGAUCCAGGAACCCAAAUGACUUUGGUGGAUCCUAUCCUCCUUAUAAAACAUGUUUUGUUUCCAAAAGGUAUCGAAAUUGUCAACAAAAGUUACACCCAUUGAGCUGCAAUAAUCACGUAGCCAGUUGUGAAGAGCAAGAAUCCUGCUAAAGCGUUCAAUGCCACGAUUCAAAGAGGGCACAAGGUCAGAUAUUAUGUUUUUUUUGUUAGUGUCUAACAGAGAGUCAAUCAGUUCUUUAAAAUCCAGUUUCAAUUGUUCAGAGCUGCCCUUCAUAAUGCCAUUAAAACCACAUGGACUAUGAUAGAAUCAAUUUCCAUGUCCUGACUUAGUACAUUCAGGAGCAUCUAAGUACUGUCAUUUACUCGAGCUCCGGGAUAGGACAUUGUUUUUGCACCAGGAACGGUCACAUUUCUUACCAUGGAGCUGCCCAAAAUCACAGCAGGCUGUGGAUGAGGAAAUCCCAUGCUUCACAGGAUGCAGGCCUCCGACAGAUGGAGAAGCCCAGCUCGAUCCAGAGCAGGGACGGAAGGUUGCCGACGUCGACUUCUAAAUCGUAGUAGUAGGCACUGCCGCCGCAGACACAGGCAACCUCAGCGACGAAGGUGCAGGAAGAUCAGGCUCCAGGACGGCGAAACUAUUCGUUGUUUGUAUCCGCUCCGGGCCUCUCGUUGGGAGUGUAGACUGCUUUGCGGGAGGUCGCUGUCUUCGGCUUCCACGGCUCUUGACAUGCAACCAUCGUUGAUUGCCUUUCUCCUCAUGCUGUGCUCCUUCGAUGGCGCUAUCAAAUGGGGGAGCUCCGGGCAACACCGGCCAGUCGGAUAACGACAAACUUCAAGGCAGAGAUGCAUCCAACAAGCGCGAACGCCGUCCAGCCACUGGCGUAGAAAAUGUAAACAUUCCACUCUGCGUUUUCCCCAGUUUCUUACGUAGGCUGGCGACCUGCGACCUGUGUGAUCAAGGAAGCCACCUCAAGCCAAUAAUCCUCGGCAAGUAUACAAUUGCCGCAUUGGAACUCCGAGUGAUCCGGUUUGUCCCGAAACAAAGCGUAAUAGAUACAGCUCCUACAGCGCUGGAAACAUUCAUUUAGUUCUCCAGACAAGGAGGGCUCUAUUGCAAAACUCAUCUGGUACUAACUUCGUUAGCGUGAUGGCUAACAGCUUAGUGUCUCUGUCAAGCAGGCUUCAACCUGUCUCUUAAGCGGGAUUCCGGGACAAGAAAUAGUGGUCCUAGCUGUUAAAAGCUAACCGCGUUGUGGAAUUCACGCAAAAACAAGUUCUGUAUUCGUAUUUAUGAAUAGCGUUUUUGUUUUAAUCAAAAAUAACAACAAAGUGUUUUACAGCAUACAAUGUUCAGCUGCGCACUCUGUGUUUGUGUGAAUAUACCAGAUGGUUAUUGGAGUUGUUUGGACCAUGUUGAGACACCAUGACUGUGUGUAUGUGAAUAUACCAGAUGGUUAUUGGAGUUGUUUGGACCAUGUUGAGGCACCAUGGCUGUGUGUAUGUGAAUAUACCAGAUGUUUAUUGGAGUUGUUUGGACCAUGUUGAGGCACCAUAGCUGUGUGUAUGUGAAUAUACCCGAUGGUUACAGACAAAAGAGGUGUAAAGGAACAGUUUGGAACAGAGGGUCGAAUUGGAAUUGUAUCACCUGACCAAUGCAGACCCUCACUAACGGUGAUGUAAUUUCCCUUUCCCACAGGAAGCGGACUCGGACGACCAGCAGGGCACGUUGACGUUUGAGGAGUUCAGUGUGUUCUAUAAGAUGAUGUCACUGCGGCGGGACCUGUAUCUGCUGCUCAUGGGAUACAGCGACAGGAAGGACCACCUGACGGCUGACGAGCUGGCCAACUUCCUGCGCAACGAACAGAAGGUCAGGGUUCACAGAAAGACAACACUAUUGAUGAAGAUUUAGUGAUCUAUAGUAGAGUCAGGAGUGAAGGUAAGGCGGUACUGUCCGGUACGGCGUCCCGGCAAAAUAAAUAGUGGGGGUACUCCGCACCGGUAAAACAUGAGCCUAUCACAAUAAUGAAAACAAAAUGUCAAGAAAACUGUCGGCUAUUACACCACUUUUUAUCAUUACCGCAUGUUAGAGGCAUGACAAAUGAGCGAAUGGACUUGAAAACAGGUGUCAAAGCCUGCGCUCCAAAAUGCAAUGUGGUUAAACGAGAACACUGAAAGUUUGCCAAGGCAGAGAUGGGUGGCCGACACCGAGACGCGUGCGGACAGCAGUGGACGCAUAAAUUCUGGCCUAAUGACAUUCGCCAAAUGUCAUUACACUUUGUGGGGUUUUGUGUAACAGAUGUCUCGUUCCAUUCACCACUGUUUGGAGGGUGGAAAUAUGUUUCUAGUGGAUGAACGUGUGGGGGUAGCCCAGUAAAGGAUCCCUUUGAAGGGAUUGUUUGACAAUCAGAUGAAAACAUCAUGACUGGUUGUGUUUAUGCCACAAUAAAAUGUAAUACACUUUAAAAGUUAAAUGACAAAUCUUUACGAGGCCCACAGAGAUCCUAUUGAAUUAAUAGGGAUUCUAUACUGUAUGUAAUUCUAUGAUUACACAUAAACGCAUGCACACAUAGGAGGUCCCAAUCUACUUUCACUCCUAAUAUGGGUUGUCUCUGAGGCACCAUCCUCUCUACAGUGCAUUCGGAAAGUAUUCAGACCUCUUCCAUUUUCCCACGUUUUGUUACGUUACAGCCUUAUUCUAAAAUGUAUUAAAUAAAACAUUUUCCUCAUCAAUCUACACACAAUACCCCAUGAUUACAAAGCGAAAACAGGAUUUUAGAAACAUUUUACAUAACUAACUAUUCCAAAACAUUUCUGCAGCAUUGAAGGUCACCAAGAACACAGUGGCCUCCAUCAUUCUUAAAUGGAUGAAGUUUGGAACCACCAAGACUCUUCCUAGAGCUGGUCACCCGGCCAAAUUGAGCAAUCGGGGGAGAAGGGCCUUGGUCAGGGAGGUGACCAAGAACCCGAUGGUCCCUCUGACAGAGCUCCAGAGUUCCUCUGUGGAGAUGGGAGAACCUUCCAGAAAGACAACCAUCUCUGCAGCACUACACCAAUCAGGCCUUUAUGGUAGAGUGGCCAGACGGAAGCCACUCCUCAGUAAAAGGCACAUGACAGGCCGCUUGGAGUUUGCCAAAAGGCACCUAAAGGACUCUAAGACCAUGAGAAACAAGAUUCUCUGGUCUGAUGAAACCAAGAUUGAACUCUUUGGCCUGAAUGCCAAGCGUUACAUCAGGAGGAAACCUGGCACCAUCCCUACGGUGAAGCAUGGUGGUGGCAGCAUCAUGCUGUGGGGAUGUUUUUAAGCGGCAGGGACUGGGAGACUAGUCAGGAUCGAGGGAAAGAUGAACGGUGCAAGUACAGAGAGAUCCUUGAUGAAAACCUGCUCCAGAGCGCUCAGGACCUCAGACUGUGGCCAAGGAACACCUUCCAACAAGACAAUGACCCUAAGCACACAGCCAAGACAACACAGGAGUGGCUUCGGGACAAGUCUCUGAAUGUCCUUGAGUGGCCCAGCCAGAGCCCGGACUUGAACCUGAUCGAACAUCUCUGGAGAGACCUGAGAAUAGCUGUGCAGCACCCUCCCCAUCCAACCUGACAGAGCUUCAGAAUGAGUCUGGACACCAGUACUCAGAGUCAGUUUAGACACCAGUACUCGGAGUGAGUCUAGACACCAGUACUCAGAGUGAGUCUAGACACCAGUACUCAGAGUCAGUCUAGACACCAGUACUCAGAGUCAGUCUAGACACCAGUACUCAGAGUCAGUCUAGACACCAGUACUCAGAGUAGUCUAGACACCAUACUCAAGUGUCUAGACACCAUACUCAGAGUCAGUCUAGACACCAGUACUCAGAGUCAGUCUAGACACCAGUACUCAGAGUCAGUCUAGACACCAGUACUCAGAGUCAGUCUAGACACCAGUACUCAGAGUCAGUCUAGACACCAGUACUCAGAAUCAGUCUAGACACCAGUACUCAGAGUCAGUCUAGACACCAGUACUCAGAGUGAGUCUAGACACCAGUUCUCAGAGUGAGUCUAGACACCAGUACUCAGAGUGAGUCUAGACACCAGUACUCAGAAUCAGUCUAGACACCAGUACUCAGAGUCAGUCUAGACACCAGUACUCAGAGUCAGUGUAGACACCAUUACUCAGAGUCAGUUUAGACACCAGUACUCAGAUUCAGUCUAGACACCAGUACUCAGAUUCAGUCUAGACACCAGUACUCAGAGUCAGUCUAGACACCAGUACUCAGAGUCAGUUUAGACACCAGUAAUCAGAGUCAGUUUAGACACCAGUACUCAGAGUCAGUCUAGACACCAGUACUCAGAGUCAGUCUAGACACCAGUACUCAGAGUCAGUCUAGACACCAGUACUCAGAGUCAGUCUAGACACCAGUACUCAGAGUCAGUCUAGACAACAAUACUGUGAGCAUUUUGUCAGAGGUCUCUCAGAAGUCUAUUUUGAUUGGCAGAUUGCGGCUUGCUUUCUCUGAUAGUGUCUGUCACAUAAAAAUAUGUGCAUAUGUGUAUGUCUAUGUGUGUCUGUGUGUAUGUUUAUUUGUGUGUGUGUUUGUUGUAUUUGUGUGUAUGUGUUCACUGUGUUUCCUCUCUUUAUUUAGUGUCUGUGUGGGUGUGUGUUCUUACAGUGUGUCUCUCUCUCCUCAGAUGGUGAAUGUGACUACAGAGUACUGUCUGGAUGUCAUUGAUAAGUUUGAGCUUUCUGAAGAGAACAAACAGAAAGGCAUUCUGGGAAUUGAGGGUAAGCCCUCCCUCCAAUUUAACUAUGUUUAUUUAAACCUCUUCUCUCUCUUCUCUCUCUCUCUCUCUCUCCUCCUCUCUCUCCUCUCCUCUCUCUCUCCCUCUCUCUCUCCUCUCUCCUCUCUCUCUCUCUCUCUCUCUCUCUCUCUCUACCUCUGGGCUGUAAACUCUAUAAAGGGGUGAAGACUCAGAGAUCAUAAAUGAAUGUGAGAUGGUUAAACAGUUUUUGGGGCUUUAGAUAAAUUCCACCACAUGUAGAGCUCAAAGCCAGAGUCUGUCUCUAAGCUGACGGAGCUGAUUGACCUCUUGUCAAAUAUCAAAAGUCUGUAAACGCUGUGUGUCUGAGAUCACUGUGUGUCUGAGAUCGCUGUGUGUCUGAGAUCGCUGUGUGUCUGAGAUCACUGUGUGUCUGAGAUCGCUGUGUGUCGGGGAUCGCUGUGUGUCGGGGAUCGCUGUGUUGGUCCGGUGGGUUUGGGAUGUGUGGCAGAGAGGUGUGCUGAGAUGUGGGGUGGAUGUGGUCAGUGGUCUGGUGAUUGGUGUGUAGGGGGAUGCUUGGCGGGGAUGCUGUGGAGGGGAAAACGCUGUGUCGGGGAUCGCUGUGUGUCGGGGACCUGUGGCAGAUCGGGUGUCUGAGAUGUGUGUGUCGGGAUGUGUGGUGUGGAUGCUGUGUUCGGGAUCGCUGGUGUCUGAGAUGCUGUGGUGUCUGAGAUCGCGUGUGUUCUGAAUCCUUGUCGGGGAUCGCUGUGUUCGGGGAUCGCUUUGUCUGUCGCUGUGUGUCUGAUCGCUUGUUGUCGGGUCUGUGUGUCCGGAUCGCUGAGUUCGGACGCUGUUGUCGGUCGCUUGUGUCGGGUCGCUGUGUCUCGUCACUGUGUCGGAUGGGAUGGGGCAGAGAGGGAAGAGAAGGAGAUGGAGAGGGUAGGAUGUGGUCAGUAAGGAGCAUGGUGAUUGGGUUAGGAUGAAAGAAGAGUCUGAGGAAAGAGCGAUUACGGCGAAGUUGAAGAGCGAAUAGGUCGGAUGCAAAUUAAGGAGAGGGUGUGAUUAAAGAUUACCAAGUUCAAUGUAUAAAGUUUUGGCAUGCUCGAAGGAACGCAUCAAACCUGGUGCUAGAAAGGAGAGUUAUUCGGAGAAUGGCUAUAGUUUAUAAGUAUGGGCAGUUUUAAGUCAUCCAGGUGGAGGUCGGAAGAGAGAGGUGGAGGAGGAAGGAGAGGUGGAGGAGGAAGGCGAGAGGUAGAGGAAGGGGAGAGGUAGAGGAAGGGGAGGUAGAGGAUGAAGGAGAGGUGGAUGCCUCCCCCAGUUAAUGCUCUCCUCCUUUCCCUCUCCUGAGGUAAAAACAACCCUAGUUAAAGAAAUUCAGUCAGCAAAUUAUGUGAAUCGGUGUGCAUUAAAGUAUUACAUUCCAUCAUUAAAAGUUCAGCUCAUUAAGGCUCAUCAAAGCCCUGGUCUGCUAUUAAAGUUAUGUAUCUUAAAUUGUAAUAGUUAUUCAAUGUAUCGCAGCUUUAACCAUCGCAGUGCUGCUGUAAGUCAAUUGAAUAUAUUGUUCCUCUAAAAUGCUCAUGUGUUCUAUUCAGUUAAAUUGGAUUGGAUUAAUCUAGCGCUCACAGAAAGGCCAAGGAGGGCCAAUCUCUAAGAGUAUUUCAUGGGUGACAGAGAAAAGGAAUUGUUAUGAGGCAGUUAGUAAGAUGAAUAUAGCUUUUCUCUCUGUCUGUCUGUCUGUCUGUCUGUCUGUCUGUCUGUCUGUCUUCCUGUCUGUCCUGUCUGUCUGUCUGUCUGUCUGUUUUUGUCUGUCUGUCUGUCUGUCUGUUUGUCUGUCCUUCCUGUCCCGUCUGUCUGUCUGUCCCGUCUGUCCUGUUUUGUCUGUCUUCCUGUCUGUCUGUCUGUCUGUCUGUCUGUCCUGUCUGUCUGUCUGUCUGUCUGUCUGUCUGUCUGUCUGUCUGUCUGUCUGUUUCUGUCUGUCUGUCUGUCUGUCUGUCUGUGUCCAGGUUUCACCAGUUUCAUGCGCAGCCCCACCUGUGAUGUGUUUAACCCUCAACAUCAUGAGGUGAACCAGGACAUGGAUCGGCCUCUGUGUGACUACUACAUCUCCUCGUCUCAUAACACCUACCUGACAGGAGACCAGCUGCUGUCUCACUCCAAGACAGACAUGUACGCCUGGGUACUACAGACUGGCUGCCGCUGUGUGGAAGGUGGGGCACACACACACACACACACACACACACACACACACACACACACACACACACACACACACACACACACAACACACACACACACACACACACACACACACACACACACACACACAUGCUGAUAUAUGCACACGCACACACACCUUCUCACCCACGAUCCCUCUCUCAUAUCCCUCCCUCCCCCCUCCCUCUCUCAUAUACCGCCUCCCUCUCCCAUCCUUCCCUCUCUCUCGCUCUCUCUCUCUCUCCUCUCUCUCUCUCUCUUCGCUCUCUCUCUCUCUCUCUCUCUCUCUCUCUCUCUCUCUCUCUCUCUCUCUCCUCCCUCUCUUCUCUCUCUCUCUCUCCGUCUCUCUCCCUCUCUCUGUCUAUCCCUCUCCCUCUCUCUCUCUCUAUCCCCAUCUCUCCUUCUCUGUCUAUCUGUAGUGGACUGUUGGGAUGGUCCUGAUGGAGAGCCCAUGGUCCAGCAUGGCUACACUCUGACCUCCAAGAUCACCUUCAAGUCUGUCAUAGAGACCAUCGACAAAUACGCCUUCAUCAACAACCAG